UUAAAAAAAGUUCUUGCUUCAGGAGGCUAUUCAAAUUUUUCAGAGGGCUCGAGCCCCUGCGCCCCCCCACAAGCGACGCCACUGAUAUUGUAGUCUACUUAAAAAUCAAAAACGUUUAACGCUAUUCAUCAUUACUCCACAUUUCCUCCUAAUGGCUUGGGAUUUUAGUGAUAGUGAAGAUGUUAAAUUAUAUUUGGAGAAUGUGUUUAUUGAAUAUAAUUAUGCAUGUUUUGAGGAAAAUAGGAAUGAAUCCUGUCAACGGCUAGGAGAUUUUUAUGAAGCCAUUAAGAAAAACUUUUAUCAGGCAAAUAAAAUUUUUAAAAGAAAUUGCGAUCUAUAUAAUACCGGAAGAAGUUGUUACAAAUAUGGGAAAUAUUUAUACAUGGGAAUAGGCAUUAAAAAAGAUGAAAAGAAAGCUCUUGAAUAUUUAGAUUUAGGAUGCAAAUAUAAUUUUGGAAAAUCUUGCCAUAUAGCUGCUUGCCUAUCAAAGAGUUUAGAUUCAGAAAAAAACUUGUCUAAAAGUUUAGAAUACUUAGAACAAGGUUGCAAAAAUAACAAUGACCUAUCAUGUCAGACAUUAAGCUCAAUUUAUAUCACAGGCAACAAAAUUAUUUCAAAGAAUAUGCAGCUGGCAUUAAUAUAUGCACAAAAAGGUUGUGUUCUUAAUAAUCCUCAAAGUUGUGUUAAUCUUAGUAUUAUGUUGAAAAAUGGAGAUGGUUGUGAUGUUGAUUUAGAAAAAUCAGAAUUUUAUAAGCAAAAGGCUUUACAAAUACAAAAAAAUUAUACAGAUCCAAUUGCAUCCAAUUUUACAGGAUUUUAAUAUUUAAAAAAUAUUUAUGUAGUUUAUAUGUGUGCACCUUAAAUAAUUAUUAAAUAAUUUAAUUAUAAAUAAGAUGUAAAACUAAAAUGAUGAUUUAUUAAUCAUUCCCAUUAAAAAAAUUCACAUAAAUUAAAGAUAAAAUGAUAUGAGUUGUCAUUUAUCAGAGUUGGCAGUAUCAUAUGCAUUUUGCAUACAAAAUCCUCUUAUGAAAUUUAAAUAACAUACUUACAUCUUUAUAUAUGGUACUUUUCUUUGACAUAAGAUUAUGAAUGGGUCUACCCAAAUACAUUUAGGCAUUUGCCUUAUUCGAGUCCUUGAAAAUUAAUCAUACUUUUCUUUGUUCAUAAUAUGUUCUAAGGAUGUGCAAUAAAACAAAAGGCUGAAAGGCAAUUUUUUAUCUAUAUAUUUAAUACACAAAUUAUAUUGGGGCUACCUGAUUACCUCUUUUGAAAUAUUUAAAAUGUUGAUAUCUAUUUUAUUUUAAUUUGUCCUUUUUUUAAAAAAAAAAUAUAUAUUUUUUUACAUUAUAUUAUGGGUAAAACAUUUUUACAAUUACAUCAUAAUAAUUGUCUAUAUUUUUUUCAUCAUGUUAUUUUUAAUUAAUUUUUUCACAUAUCUCAUUCUUCUUUACCACCCCAAAACAUGAUGACUUUCUUUAUUUCAAUGAUUUAUUGUGAAUUAUUUAAUAAUAAUUUAACCCAAUUAUCAGAAUUUUCUUUAAAAUGAUUUAAAUAAAGCACAUCUAUGU